AUCAAUUUUUUGAAUUUUAAUAGUUAUUUUGAAUAUUUAAAACAUUUUUGAUGAGUUUUAUCGAUAUUUAAGAUUACUUUUAAGCCUGGUUUUAGAUUAAAUUGAGUGUUAAUUUUUAAUAUUUCAUUGUUAAUUUAAUUCUCAGCUAACACAUGUAAAGCAAGAUGGAGCAACAUAAGAGACCAGUAUAAAAAAACUUUGAACAAACAAAAAACUACAAGUGGUCAAGCAUCUAAGAAAUUGCUGAAAUACAAAUAUGAAGACCAAGUGAAUUUUUUGAAACAAUACUUCCAAGAAAGACCGACUAUUUCAAAUAUUGAAGGAAGUGAUUCUGGAGAAGAUAAUACGUAUGAAUUUCCUGAUACGAAUGUGGCUGCAGAUACUAUAAACAAUUCUGAUCACGAAGACACUGCAAAUACAACAGCUAUGUCUAUGCCAACACAUCAGCCUAUUCAAUUUGGGUCUCGUACUAGUACUAAUGUAAGGAAAAAAAAGGAAAAAGAAACGGCAUCAUCGACAUUGAUGAAGUACUUAUUAGAAAAUAGGCAACGCUCAGAAACUACGACUUCAAAAGAUCCCAUAGAUGCAUUUUUAAUGGGAAUUGCAGCUACGAUGAAAACAUUAGAUCCUUUUCACGCUAAUUUAGCGAAAUCGAAAGUUUUCACAGCAGUUCAGGAAGUCGAAAAGCAACAGAUCAUGCAUAACCAAUAUAUUAUGUACAACCCUCCUUCAGAAAGUAAUUGGACUCCUCCGCCUCUUUCUAAUGUUCUAAGUGUUCAAAAUAACCUUCCAAACAACUCUGAAACCUGCCAACUGGUUUCAGAAACAAUAUCGUCUGAUAAUAUGAUAACACGUUUAUAAGUUUUCGUUAGCA